AAGUAGAUACAACAGCAACACUUCGCCUGCAUGUAGGAUUGCCAACAGAAAGCUUUACAAUAGAAAGAGUUACCAUAUUACCGGAAAUGCUAAGUUACGAGGCCAAGCGCUUAUGGCCCUAUUUUGGCUCCGCCACCGAAAACUGCGGCGAUUCAUCAAUCGGAGGGACCCAGGAUUCUGGCCGCAGUGGCAGAAACUCAUCACCCAGGACGAUUUCUACAGAUACUACGCUGCAGCGUCUGUCCAUGGAAAUUGUUUACCGCAACGUCCAACGUACCGGAAAGUCCAGACCCGGAGGAAGGAACUCCGCAUUGUCGCCAUACAGACGGAGGAGACAAUGCGGUGCCAGGCGACGCAGACCCUGCCCGUCCCGGGAGAAAGGAAGAUGAUGAGUCCCCGAGAGGCUCGCGAGGAACGGACCAAUAGAAGCGGCUGCUGGAACUGUACCGCGGAGUGGCACUUCUACGCCAAGUGCCCCCUUCCCCGUCAAAGGAAAUUUUGUUACGGGUGCGAGGAGCAAGGGGUAACCCUCCGAGAGUGCCAGCGUAUCGAGAGGCACAACCAUUCACCGCCCCUCAGAGGCCCCAGAACCAGCACCAGAGCCGCAGCUAACCAAGACAAUCAUGAAGGGGAAAGUCUAUUACCAAAGAUGGCUCCUGUAUUACCGUUACCGUUACCGUUACCGUGUAGUCCACAAUAAAGAAAUACCUAAGAUGAACUUGAGUCUAAUCCUUAUUCUCCUUCCGCUGCACGUAUCGGUCUUUUGUGGGUGCUCGUGUGU